AUGCUCAAGAGUGAUAAUUCAAUCCAUUCCAUUAAUGCUGCUGUUCAUUUACAACAUGCAUGCUUUAAUAAUGAUGGGGUGAAAGCAACAAUUAAGCGAUUAGGUGGUAUUCUUCAUUUAGUUCGUAUGGUGGAUAGCAAGAAUGAAGAAAUCCAAUUAAGUGCCAUUGCAACCUUGCGUAAUUUAGCUUAUGGUAAAGCCAAUGAUGAAAGCAAAGGUGCUAUCCUUCGCCAUAAAGGUAUACCAGUUCUUGCUAAUGUCUUGCGGCGAACCGGUUCACCCCAUGUUCGUGAAGAAAUUGUACGUCUAUUGUGGAAUCUAUCAACAUUAGAAGCUGCUAAAGAACAAUUGUUAAAUUUAACCUUGGAUGUAUUAGCUAAAUUAAUCGAAGAUCAUUCAAUAUCAGCUGGUGAAGGCAGUUUAUCCGAUACUCAAUGGCCAACCAUUUAUGCCAAUGCUACUGGUACAUUACGCAAUUUAUCAUCCAGUACCAAUCUAUCAUCUCGACAGAUGAUGAGAAAAUUAGAUCAUUUAAUUAAUGCUCUCAUCACAGUCACUCAUUUAUCGGUACAACGUAAAGAUUUCGAUGGUAAAUGUGUCGAAAAUUCGGUCUGUAUAUUACGCAAUUUGUCGUAUAAUUUAGAAGAAGAAGUUGAUCAUGGUCUUGAUAUCGCUGAAGGUUAUAAAAAAAUCAAGCUCAAAAAGAGAUCGGUGCUUGGUAAGAUAUUCAAUGAUCGUAAGACCAAUUUAGAAGCUAAAAGUGUCAUCUUACCAGAAAAUAAUCGUAAUAUUAAAGGGCAUUGCCAUUUUAUGGCAAACAAGUACUAUUGA